UGCAUAAAACGUAUAUGGUACCCGAGACGGAGGGUGAAAAUACAUAAUUCCAUCUGAUUCAGUUGACCUAAAGAAAUGACAAUAUUAUCGUAAAUAUCACAUUAUUUAUAAAGUACUUAACCGAGAGAAAGUUGAAUUCAUGUAAUCACUACAGUGAAUCUACAUUGGUUUAUAUUGUGUCAAGAUUGAGUAUGGCGCAACUACCUCCAAAUCUUCCAAAGCCGUCGUCCCCCUUCCUGGCUUUCCUCGUCAUCUCCUCAGUGACUCUGGUUUCGCCAAGCUAUCAGUACCAAGAGGUUGACCACUCUUACGAAAGCGACUCCGUUUAUGGCGAGCAUUCCAGUGGGAUGAGCAAAACUGAUGUCACCCUUCACGAGCUGGGGGUGCCUAAAGAACGUCCCAAGAAUCUGACUUGCCACGUGUGCUAUUCAGAAACGAAUGGAAUGGAAUGCAUGAAUUUUUCUAGUUUAUCCAUUUCUCCGGCAUCAAUUUCGGUGGAUGGGGAUGAUGAUGGAGAGACGAAUAAUGAGGUCCAUCGUCACUGGACUCGUGAUUCCCUCCCAGGCAGUGGUUUUCAAGGUUUUCCUCAACAAUGUCUGAACGAAAGUUAUGUCUGCUCCGUUCGAAAGUUUGCCUUUUCGCUCUCCAACGGUACGGGUCAUGCUCCAAUGAAGACGUUUGCAAUUAAAAGAAAUUGUACUUUACAAAGCAAAUGUGAACCUGGUUGCGUUGUGAUGGGGGAAAGGACCAGAAUAUAUGUGUGCUCAACUUGUUGUACGUCGGACUUUUGCAAUACUGGUAAUGGUGCUGAAGCAAUUUUUCGAACUUCAUUUUGCACCUUGGUUAUGAUCGCUAUGUUUGCGUUUAAUUUAUCUAUUUUUUUCUCCCAUAAUCAAGCUGCAUAAAAAAAAUGUUAGCUUUACGAGCUCUCAUGUACUUACUAAUAAUUGUAAUUAGGUACGAGUACAAUGAAUAAAAGGUCUUGUCUUUGUGAUCAAUUA